UCAGUUUACAUGUAGCCGUGUCGGCUUGUUGUUGGUGUAUAUUAUACAUAUAUGUCUCAAAUAUGGAUUUUUUAUUGAAAUUUGAUUAUACAUUCUAAAAUAAUGGAUUACAGUGAAUCGUCAAGACACCAAAGAAGUUUAGAAGGUCCUGCAUCGACAAACUUAGGAGGUGAAAUAGAAGAGAAGAUGGAGGUGGACCAGCCUCUCCUUCUGGCCUCUUUGCCAUCCAGCUCUUCUAUAACAAUCACAAAAGCCACUGCAGCUCAACAGAGAUCGUCCCACUCUCCUUCAUCAUCAUCUUCAUGUUCUGUAUCUAAUCACACCUCCAUAGCAUUCUCCACUCUCUCCAGAACUACAACUUCAACAUCAUCUGCUUUAUCUAGUGAUGCUGUUUCAUCAAUCAGUAGAGGAAUUCUUGGACCAGACAUGAUGCCGACCAUACCAUUAGUUCCAGUACAGGUCCCUUGUAGUCGAAGUGGAGUUGUAACUAUACCCAAGAUCCGUGGUCGUUCCAAGGGGAUGCCUCUCAGUCCAUCAAGAAGUGGCACUUUCCAGGUGCGAAAAGGAAUGAAAAUCAAGAGACUUGGUGGCUUGCGAGGUCGUGGUGGGCGUCGCCUUACACACAGCAUGUCCCUGGAGGAGAGAGGAGGGCUGACUGGGGAUGACUCGCCUCUACCUCUGGACGACGAGGCCUACGCUCAGGACGACAUGUUUAUGGCACCCACGUACCAGGACAAGUGGCCGGGACGAGUUUGUGCCCUGUGUUGCCUCGGGGAGCAGAGUCAGCUUGGCCAGGGGGAGUUAAUUAGACACGAUCCCACUCCGGGCUACACCCUACCGGAGAAGAUAAUGUCACCGUCGGAUGAUAAUCCACAAGAGUCACCCACGUCUAAAAAGUUCAAAACUAACCAUACACCGUUCAAGGACAAGGGAAAAUCACCGAGAAAACAAGUGGGAGAAGCUUUACCGGAGCCAGUGGAUGAAAUUUCUCUCGUUGGCCACCAGGAACAGCCGAGUAUAGCCACACUAUUUGAACCAUCAGGCCACUGCUUUGUUCAUUAUAUGUGUGCGCUCUGGUCGUCUGCUGUUGAGCUGACAAACGACGAUACGGUCAGUUCAGUCGACUGUGCUGUCGUUACGGGAGCAAGUCAGAGAUGUGUGCACUGUAAGAAAUUUGGUGCUACUCUUCCAUGCAAGGUGUCUGGCUGUCAGAGAUAUUACCAUUUUCCGUGUGCAAUGAAUGUUGGAGCUUCUAUGGAUCUUAAGUCUGUAGCGAUGGUUUGCCCUCCCCAUGCAGACAAGAGCAAAGACUUGUUAGUGGACAUGGCAUGUAUGGUGUGUGAACACUCGUCUCCCGAGAGUUCCCUUCUCUUCUGUUCUUCUUGUGGCAACCACUACCACGGCCUCUGUCUCAAGCCACCGGUCACGGCCACCUCGGCUGUACGGGCAGGAUGGCAGUGUCCAGACUGCAAAAUGUGUCAGAUGUGUCGACAGCCAAGCGAUGAGAUCGUAUGUGGGGUGUGUGACAAGGCGUACCAUGUGGUGUGUGCCCGCCCCUUUGGCCUCUCCCUCUCCAGAACUGGGUGGAAGUGCAAGACUUGUCGUGUGUGUGGAGACUGUGGUUCUCGAACACCGGGGAAUGGAUUAUCGUCACGUUGGCAUUCCAACUUUACAGUGUGUGACUCUUGUUACCAGCUUCGCAAUAAAGGUCUUGCUUGUCCAAUUUGCCAUAAAGCAUAUCGGGCAAUAGCCCAGAAAAACAUGGCUCAGUGUACAAAGUGUAAAAGGCAUGUCCAUAGCUCGUGUGAUAUUGACGCAGACCUCAGUGCAAUCCAGACCAAGUGGAAUGCAGAUCACAACUUUGAAUAUAUCUGCACCAGCUGUAACAGAGUAGCUCCGUCACCAAGCCAGUCACCACGGAUCACCCAAGAUGACAGUUGUGAUGGGCCUCCAGACUCGUCGGCUCACUCAGAAGAUUCCAACGACACAGACUUAACAUCAGAGGGUAAAUCUGAAGACACCUCCUCUGUUCCAAAACCUCAGAGUAGUUUCUUUUCACGUGGAAAACCUCUCAGCUUGGCUAAGAGGGGAGGAGGAUUUCUUCCAAGAUUACGGGGAGGUGCCGGAGAAAAAUGUGGGGUCGGGAAGAAAGCCGUGUCCGGCUCCAAAAAACGAGGUCAGACGAUGCCAAUCCGUAGGGGUCGAGGCAAUGGACGAGGAUACAGAGGUUACUUCAACUAUCAGAACAUCUCCCUUCAGGUGAUGGAGUCCAACCAUAGUUCUGGAAAGGAGGAGGGAGAAGAAAACAAACUUAUCCUUGUGUCUACUGGUGAUGAGUUCUGUCUUCAACAAGAUGUGUGUGCUAUGUGUGGGGCCUUUGGACAAGAUCAAGAAGGUCGCCUCAUUGCAUGUGCUCAGUGUGGGCAGUGUUAUCAUCCAUUCUGUGCUAAUGUUAAGGUGACGAAGGUAGUACUACAGAAGGGAUGGCGGUGUUUGGACUGCACUGUGUGUGAGGGCUGUGGUGAACGCAACGAUGAAGCUCGGCUCGUUCUGUGUGAAGACUGUGACAUCUCCUAUCACAUAUACUGCAUGAAGCCUCCUCUGGACCAUGUGCCAUCUGGUGUAUGGAGAUGUAAAUGGUGUGCCAUGUGUCUUCACUGUGGGGCGACUGAUCCUGGUCCUAAUGCUACCUGGCAGCAGAACUACAGUAUGUGUGGUCCUUGUAUGUCCAUGACACAGUGUCAGGUGUGUAAUGAACCAUAUGCUGAUGGUGAACUGAUCAUCCAGUGCUCUAACUGUGAGCGCUGGCUGCACGCCUCUGAUGACAUGAUCCUCACCGAGGAGGAUGCUGAAAGAUGUGCAGAAAAAGGUUACCUGUGUCUAAUGUGCCGGCCUCAUGAGGCACUGCCGGCCCAUCUACUGCCUCACACUCCACCGGUACGUUCCGCCAGAAUUAUGCACACGCCAACUGUCACGACCACAACUACAGCAAGUCCAGUGCGUGCUCAGAGUCCCAUAGACAUGAUGACCAAGGUUACCUCCAAGGCUCAGUUCUGGGUGGACGGUAUUUGCCUCUCUGAAUGUGGAAUGUUCCAGAUCAAGACUAUGACCCUAGAGCCACAGAAGAAGCCCAGCAUCAUCACACACAACAGGAACCCCAAAACAGUCCGUACCAGUCGUGGACCGUCGAUAGACAGUAGUGGGAGUCGGGACGUUGAUGACGACGAUGACGACGAUGAAGAUAAUAAACUAGAUAAUGAAGAACCAAAACACUGGGUGUAUGGCAUGAAGGAAGGAACAAUUUUACAAGCAAAGGAGGACGGAACACCACCAGACCUGCCAGAAGGGUUCUACACGUUGCCUGGUCCCGAGCCUGGAACGUUCACAUUAAGAAAGCGCAGAUACCGCAACAUCAAAACUUUAGGUAUUGGAGGUUUCCAAGUUCGUGCCCGGGGCAAGAAGGAAGAGGAGAAGGCCAGAGAAGAAGCCACGCUAGACCCCCAGGUGCUGGAGCUCCGGCGAAAGAGAAGUAACUGGCGGACCAAGAAGAAGAUUAAACUACUGGAGAAGUUUCCUUCUUAUAUACAGGAAGCAUUCUUUGGUAGAAACUUGAUGGACACAAGUAAUUUAGAAGAGGAGAUGAAACAAAUUAGUGGCUUGGAUGAAGAACCAGAUGAAGAUGUUCUUGAGUCUCACAAACCAAAGUCUGCCAUCACACUCUCCAAGGAUGAACUUCAGCUGGUACAAGCAGCCCAAAACAAACAGCAGCAUGGGCACGAGAGACGCAUCGACCUACAUCAUACCAAACUGUUGCCGCACCUCACAAAAUCUGAGGACGGCGUCGAUGCCAAGAAACGCGAUAGAAAAGACACGGACGACAAGAAAGACAAAGAUCACAAGGAUGAAGAUAUGGCAGAAGAAGAUGAAAACAAUGAAGCUAUUGAUGCCAUCUUUGCCCAGGGCGGCGAUAUUACCGACAUUCUCAUGCAUGAUAUCAUUAGUGGUGCCAUAAAGGACGAUGAUCCCAACUUAACUGGUGAUGACGACAUAUCUCAAGAUACCAUUGAUGUUCCUUGUGUUAGUGGCAAUGGGACUAAGUUAACAGAUAUUCUUGGACCAGGUUUUAAUCUUGAUGAUGUGGCAGAUAUUAUGAAGAACCUUCCUGAAGACAGCACAGAAGAUAGUCAAGACUCCACCCUCUCAACAUCCAUUCCUCCAACAUCAACAUUGGGUGGUGCUGAGGGUGAAGGUUCUACUUGUGUGGACAGUGAAGCAAGUAUCAACAGUACUCCUACAGUCUCUCCUGCCACCCAAGCUCCUCUAACUCUCCCAAACACCAAAGAAGCCCUUAUUACACCCAUCGCACCGACGGUCACCCUCCCUGCAGCCUCCACACUUCGUCCAAACCAACCCCCUGUUGCACCAUUAGGCUCGGUGCCAACAGGACCAGUGAUCCCAGGAGUUCCAUCAGGUCCAACAAUGUCUGCAGUUUCAUCAGUUUCACUCAAUAACCCAAUCCAAGGUCUGACUCCUAUUCCAUCCAUUAAUUGUCCUACCACAUUACAGAGUCCAGUUGCACUUCCAAGCCCUGUCACCCAUCAAAGUCCCUCUGCUCUUCCUAGUCCAUUACCAAGUCCUGUCACCGUAGGACCAGUUAUAACCCAAUCUCUUGCUAGCCCUCUGUCUCGGCCAGACACGCAGGCGUUGUCUCACGGAUAUCCUUCUACUCCUACAUCAUUUACAACAACAAACAAGGCUUCAACUCCGACCAUUCCUGAGCCUCAGAAAAUUUGGUCAAAUAAUGACUCUCAGUCCCAGAGCCUUAGCUUAGAGGAAGAUGAAUCUCUUGGUGCUAAGGCCACCAAGGCAGGUGUAUUGUAUGCUAACAUCCACAAGCCCAACCUCAAAACAGAUUUUCCAGCUCCGGCAGAUCGAGCGCGGCAGAUUAGACGCAUCUGGAAGAACCUGAAGGACACCGAGGAGAAGAAGAUGCUGAUCCACAGAGCUCGCGAGAACAAGAAGGAAUACUACAAGAACAAGCAGUUCCGCAGUGGACGAGUCAUCAUUCCCCAGGGCAGCUGUGCACGAGACCCCCCAGGCUCUACCUCACCGCUCCCUCUCUCUCCCUUGUCUGUGGAGAGCUCUAGCACCCCCCAACCCCCCUUGUCACCCCCUUCUGGUACCCAAGGACAGACCCCACCCUUGGUGUCAUCACAAGUACCAUCCUGUUCUCUGCGACUGGUGAGCUCAGAGAGUCACGCCUCUAAUGCUUCUGAUGAUUCUCUAGAACCAUGCAAUAUUGUUUCAAGUGCCACCACCAUGAAAGUGGCUGGGGUACAGACCUCACCUCCUGGAAGCAUCAACCCAGUCAAGCCUUCCCUUUCCCGCUUGCCUAACCCUCCACGGGCCGAGCCCCCACUAGCCACUCCCACUUCCCCCCCGGACCCCGAUCAGCAUAUAAGAGUCCUCACCCCUCUUGAGAUCAUGCGAACUCUGCCUGUUCUGCACCAGGAUGCCUUCCCCAGCCCCACUACCACCUCCGUCACCACUACCACCACUACCACCACGGAGCAACAGAGGGCAUUGAAGAGCAGUGAAAGUAUGGAAGUCUUUCCACACCCAGCUCAGCGGGCACCCCGGGGAGCGUGCACGACGGAGCCAACACGGAUCCUAGUCCUGUCAACACCCCACAUGCCUCUCCUCGCCCUCCUUUGCCGUCACUGACACCCCCGCGACCCAUGAUGAUCACGCAACGUCCUCAGAUGCCACCAGGUUCACCCAUGAGACAAGGCGUCCCUCAUGGCAUGCUGAGAGGGCCUUUAAGCCAUCCACAGAGCUUGAAUGACCCUUAUGUCUUGCCUCCAGGAACUCCUCACCCCAACAAGCCAUCAGAUUCAUAUACACAUCCACCACUAACUCCAACACCCCAAACAUCACCUUUACCUUCACCCACGAGUGACCCCUACUCACGAGUGCCACCCUCUCCAAGACCCCAUUCCACAGAUCCUUAUAGUAUAGCACCAGCAACACCGCGACCUGUCGUAAGUGACCUGACGUGAUGCCGCCGCCCACUCCUAGACCAUUAGACCCCUAUGCCCCUCAGCCUGCUCCUCCAAGGCCCCUCCCCUCUGAUCCCUUCACACCAUGCAGUACACCAGCAGAUUCAUUUUCUCAACCAACGGAUCCCCAUAUGUUCAGGCUCACCCACC